AUGACCCCACCGGAUCCGGAUGGUCCAUUAGUUUCACCAGGAGGCUGCCUAUCUCCCUCGACCUGCACGGCAAUUCACGUCAUCUCAACGGAACGGGCCGCGCUAGCGCACCUAGAAGGAAUCUAUGCAACGGAUAAAUUUGCUCAGGACAGUUUUGAGCGCGCAGUGACGACAGUGGCCAAUACCGUGAGGUCGGGAGGGAAGCUGGUUAUUUCCGGGGUUGGGAAGAGUGGGAAGAUUGCAGAGAAGGUGGUAGCCACUAUGAACAGUCUGGGAGUCCAGUGCACAUUUUUGCAUCCAACAGAAGCACUACACGGGGAUCUUGGGAUGAUUAGGCCGGAUGACGCCGUACUUUUAAUAACCUUCUCAGGGAGGACACCGGAGCUAAUUCGUCUUCAGCCACAUCUUCCAGAAACAGUACCACUAAUUGCUAUCACCGCUCACGAGCAUCCCGAUUCGUGUCCACUUUUAGCUGGCUCAAAUAGCCCUGACCCCAUUCUGUUGUCGGCGCCGGUUCACGAGCAUGAAGACGUCUCCUUUGGUUUACCCGCCCCAAUGACUUCUACUACAGUAGCACUUACCCUGGGUGAUGCAUUGGCAUUAGCAACUUCAAGGAAGCUAUAUAAUUCACCAGGCCGAGGUCCAGCAGAGGUGUUCAAAGCGUUUCAUCCCGGGGGCGCAAUUGGCGCUGCGUCGGCUGUAUCCGUGACUCCAGUUUCGGAGUCUGCAUCUAGCUCGACAUCUGCAAACACAAUAUUUUCAGAACAGCUGCUCCCGAAACGAGAACCACAAAUAACUCCAGCUCCUUCGCCAAAUCACGACCGUUACAUAUCUGGUAUUGGAACACCAUUUUCUUUAAUUCACCCUAUAUCACCACAAUCCUCUCAGCAACUAGGGAAAAUCAGUUUAAUGGACGUCUUAAGAAAAGCAGUUCGCUCUCCUGCAGCCAGGUCUUGGGUCCUGUUAUCUCCAACCGCAAUCAUACCACCAGCGCAGGUUUGUGCACUCUCAGACGAGAAAGACUUUGACAUUGCGCUACAGGAUCUUCCGUAUGCUUCCGAUGUGAUUGUUCAUAAGAAGGAUUGGUUCCAUGUGCCAGAGCGCAGUACCAUUAAGGAGGUAAAGGAGUUGGUUAUCAAGCAGAAUGGAGUCUGCGUUGAACAUGCCGCCGGUCAUGUUUCUGCGGCAAAAGGUACCUUAUAUCAAGUAAUUGCUGUCACGGAUGGGAUAACCGGUGAUAUAAUUAGCGUUGUUGAGGGCAAAGACCUGUUGGAUGUUGAUUAG